CCGUAUACAUACAACUGAACUAUGAGCAACCACGAUAUUGAACGCAUUAAAAAUCUGCUAGGCACACAUGUUGAUUUCCCCAAAAAGGGCAUUGUUUUUAAGGAUAUGUUUCCUGUCUUCCAGGAUCCUACUGCUGUUGAAGCCCUUAUCUCUAACAUUGUUCAUCAUAUUAACUCAACCUAUAAAGAGAAGAUUGAUGCAGUUGUUGGUCUUGAUGCUCGUGGUUUCUUAUUCGGUCCUUUAGUUGCUCUUCGUCUGGGUGCUGCUUUUAUUCCCGUGCGUAAGCAAGGUAAAUUACCCGGUGAGUGUGUGCAAGCAACCUACGUUAAAGAAUACGGAGAGGAUGUCUUUGAAUUACAAAAAAAUGCACUCAAAGAAGGUCAACGUGUUAUUGUUAUUGAUGAUUUGAUUGCUACUGGUGGUUCUGCUGCUGCAGCAGGCGAACUCGUUAAGAAAUGCAAUGCUAUUACUGUUGAAUAUGUCUUUGUCAUGGAACUCGAUUUUUUGAAGGGAUCUCAAAAUCUAGAUGCACCUGUCUAUUCUUUGAUUCAUUUGUAAUCGAAUAACUUGCUAUUCUACACUAUAUAUGUAUAUUAAGUUUGAUGCUGUAUCAUCAUUAUCACCAUAACGUUGGCGAUAGCUAUUUGUCUGUAUUGUUAUAUGAUAUCCCAGCUGUCAGAAAAACGCAAAAGUAUUUGGGAAAGUGCAUGGUGUAGACGCUUGUAGUUCACAAAUAAAAACACUACAGAACUAUUUAAUUCGGAUACGGACAAAUUGAAGAUCAAUAGAGGGCAAUUUCGAAAAGAAACAAAUACAUAGUAGCUUUAAACUAAAAGUUAUGAUUUUUUGAAUUACAAAUUACUUUAUCAUAAAGAAGAUGACUGCAAUCACGUGUAGAGUACAUUGAGCAAACACCUUUAUAAUAUAUCAAUUGACAAAUAACGAAUGUUUAUCAGUAAACAAGCGUUCAUGUGCAUAGAUAAGGCUUAUCCGGGCAUUUAUGGAUGUAUAUUUGACAUUUAUGCUCGAUCAUACACUUUUCGC